AAAAAAAAAAAAUUAUAUAUAUAAAAUUUACAAAAUUAUAUACAAAUAUUUACAAAAAAAAAAUUAAAAAAAAAAAUUUUAGUUAUAAAAUAAAAUUAAUACAAAGUAAAGAAAAAGAGAAGAAAUAAUAAAAAAAAUUAAUAAAAAUAUAAGAACAAAAUAAAGAAAAAAUAUUGGAAAAAAAAUUUUUUUUUGUUUUGAAAAUUUUUUUUUUUAAAUAAAUAUUUCAAUUAUUAAGGAAGUGAAAACAUUUCUCUUAAAAAUUUAACAAUAUAUUUUAUACAAUAAUUAAUAAAUUGCGUAUAUAAAAUAACAAAAACACAAUAUAUACAAAAGUUUUCAUCGCAUAUACAAAUCAAUAUUCGGAGAUCAUAAUAUAUACAAAUACAUACAUAUUGAUAUAUAUAUAUAUAUACAGAAUAUCACAGUUCAAGGAUUUUUAUAACCGGCAGUAUAAUCAUCUGAUUGUUGAUUUUUCUUCUUAUAUAUUAACUGCAAAAUAUAUAUAUAUAUAUAUAUAUAUAUAUGAGAAAUUACUUUUAUAUUCUGGAUGAUUAGAAAGAAUAGCUGAAGAGUUGAUGGGACGAAGGAAAUGGAAACUCUUUCAAGAAAUUUUUUCGCGAUCACAAACAAACAUAAAUAUAGAUUACUACAAUUCAGGAUACGAAUACCUAGAAAAUUUAGAGAAAUCAAUUGAUGAAAUUCAUUUAUCAGAGAAAAAAGAUUAUACAAUAAGAAAAAAAAUAAAGGAUAAUUUAGAAAACGAUAUUCAAGUCAAAACAGAAAACAAAUUCACCGAAAACCCCAACUCAGUAAAUAAAACAAUCAAAAAAGAAAUUAAGAAUUUUAAUACAACAUCAUCAUCAACAUCAUUAUUAGAUUUAUUAGAGAAACCAUCAACACCUAUUGAUUGGAAACCAAGUGAUAAGUGUUAUUUUUGUAUAGACGGUAAACUGCUCACAGUGAACGAAAAAGGUGAACUGGUGGCUGAGUCCGGCUCGGCUUUGCCCGAGACAGAACUCGCCAAUAGGUCAACUGUUGAUACUGAUAGCGGUGAUUCAAGAAAUAGUACACCAGAUAUUUUACGUAGUCAGUCAUUAGUUAAUGUUAAGAAAAAAUUAAAAACAUCACAACAACAACAACAACAUCAACAGCAGCAACAACAAAAUCAACAACAAUUAAGAGAUUCACAACAUCCACCGAAAAUGACCUCACUUGAAUCUAUGGCUGCAAGAUUAGCAGCUGUUGCUUCAAUACAUCCAGGAUUACAGCCUGGUUUAGGUCAACUAAGUCAAUUGAGCCAAUUAGGACAAAUUUAUCCAAACUUAUAUUAUCAACAAUUAGCUCAAAUUUUACCAACAACGCCUACACCAGAAACACCAUUGGCUGCAAUUAGUCCAUCAAAUAAAGAUUCACCAAGUCCUCAUGAAGCAUGUGGAAGUGGUGAACAACCAUUAGAUUUAAGUUCAAAACCAUCACUUAAUUCACCAACUUUAACUAGUGGAGAUUCAAAACAAGCGUCUGCCAGACACAAACCUCGUAUAAACCCAGUUGUUGCUAAUCGUCGAACGUAUACCGAAGAAGAGUUACAAAAUGCUCUACAAGAUAUUAUGAGCGGUAAAUUAGGAACACGGCGAGCUGCUGUAGUUUAUGGUAUACCACGUUCAACACUGCGUAACAAAGUUUAUAAAAUUGCCUCUGAACAACGGCGUGAAACUUCAACGCCAUCAUCAAUGCACAUAUUCGAUGCUGACGAUGAUGAUAAUGAAAAUGACGAUACCGAUAAAAUAGGUCUAUCGGAUGAUGAAGUCAGCGGUGAUAAACUAUUGGAAAGUUCCUUGUUAUCUGAUCAAGAGCAUCCUUCACGCUAUGACCAUACAGCCUUACAAAAAUGUAGAAAAAUAAAUAAUAGUAGUGGUGGUGCUAGUUCAAGUGAUGAACAAAUUAAACCAUCAACACCUUUGGAUACAGUUGUAACGGCGACUACAACAGUAAAGCCUACCAGUACAGCUGCUGCAGCACAAAAUAAAAAUAUAUCAUCACAGCCAUCUCAAACACCGCCAAUCGGAACAAAUUGGUUAGAUCCAAGUUUGUUAUUACAAACUUUAUUAUUAUCUGGAUCGUUAACUGGUAAUAGUAAUGCUAGUGCUGCUUUAGCCCAUUUAGCUAGUUUAUUUAACCCGGCAAGUAACGAUCCUACAGCGAUACGAGAUUUGUUAAAUGUUUUAAAAUUACAACAGGAAGAAUUAUUAAAAAAAUUGUCGAAUCAAUCGAAUGAUGCUAACAAUCGAGAAAGUCUAAAUAAUGAAAAAUCUUUGAUUGAUCAAACGCAAUUAUUACAAGAUGUUAAACAUCAGCAACAACUGGAACAAAUGCAUCAUCAACAUCAUCAUCCAGCUCGUUUACCAAAGUCUGAUACACCAGAAACUGGGUCAUCAAUCGAUAUAAAUGAAACAAAUGAAGAUGGUGUCAUAUUAAAAAUUCCGUCCUUCAAACCAGUUGUAGUACCUGCAUCUUCAUCAUCGACGGCUUCAUCGAUGAAAAGUUGCGAUCAAAAUCAAAUUUCACCGUCAUCAGCAUCUACACAUCAUAUUCCUCCAAUAUUAUCAAGAAGUCCACAUCAACCAAAUAGUUUACCUGGAAUAUCACCACCGUUAUUACGACAAAAUAGUGAAUCACAAUCACCCCCAGGUGUAUCAAUGCGUGAAAUCAUCGCAAAUAGUUUAAAUCGUUUCAAUCAACAAAGUAUUAAAGAUAAUAGUUUGGGUAAAGCAUCACAUUAUAACGAUUUAAACGAGCAAUUCGGGAAAAGGGCGAGUAUAUCAGUAAUCAAAAAUAUUGGUGGUACUGAUAUAACAAAGUUCGCUGCCACCCCAAAUUUAUUAAAUAAUUAUCAAAAUGCUGCAAAUCAAUGUGCAGCUGGUAAAGGUACAAGACCAAAACGUGGUAAAUAUCGCAAUUAUGAUCGUGAUAGCUUAACUGAAGCUGUUAAGGCUGUGCAACGUGGUGAAAUGUCCGUACAUCGAGCAGGUAGCUAUUACGGUGUACCACAUUCAACAUUAGAGUAUAAAGUCAAAGAAAGACAUUUAAUGCGACCUAGGAAGCGUGAACCAAAACCACAACCUUUGGAUGGCAGUAGUAGCAGUAAUACGUCAUCCACUGUUAAUUCAAAACAUUCAAACAUUCCAGGUUUGGCGGCUGUUAAUAAUAUAGAUAAAUUAAAAACUUCUGUUGGACAUCAGCAACAAAAAACAGCUCUAAAACCAAAUCAAACAUCACCAUUCCCAAAUACAUCUCCUAAUGGUAUGAAAGUAUCUAUAUUCGAUCCAGGCUUAACAGCACAAUUACAAUAUGCUGCGCCGCAUUUGUUUUGGCAACAUUCUGCAGCUGCAGCCGCUAGUUUUAAUCCUUUACCAAUGGAAUUUUCGCCGACCAGUCGAACUGCGUCAACUGGGCCUGGUAAUGGAUCAUCAGGAAAUUCAACUGCCACUUCACCCGGACUACAACCAAACCCAUUUUCCCCAAAUACUGAUAGUUUCCUUGCAACGCAAAUGAUUCAGCGUUUCCAUGAGGAAUCAAGAUUAAAUACUGUUACAAGUAAUAGUAGUAAAUCCCCUUCGUUAAGUGGCAAUAAUCCCACUUUAAAUAGCAGUAAUAGUAAUAAUCUUAAUAAUAACAAUUCAUCAAAUGUGCCUCUUAAAACAGCUCGUGAAAUCGCCCAAAGUUUGUAUGACAGUGGUAAUGCUAAUGGUUCGUUUUUAGAUGGCAUUAUUAGGCAAACGUUAGACCGAAAAUCAAAUAAUGAUAUACCUCAUGGAGCAUUAUUUGACCAAUUAAUAAAAAAUACAAAACCUCCACUUCUGUCAACGUCCAACACACUAGGAGGUUCGACACCAUCAUCAUCAUCUUCAUCCUCUGAAAUUCAUUCGCAUGCAUUAGUAAAUGCUUUAACAAGUAAUAAGAGAUCAGCCAGUCCAAAUAGUUAUCCUGUGAUUAAUAUAAAACGAGAACGUUCAAUUUCUCCGACACUUCAAUCAUCGUCAACUGCUUUAUUAGGAAAUAGCAUAAUAAUUGAUCGUGAUUUACAUCAUCAUUCGAAACGCAAUUCCAUAAAUGAUGAUAAUGAUUCAAGUUCUGAUGUAAAAAUAAUAAAAGAAUCAUCAUCACCUGCGGAUAGUUUAAUUAAAGCCCGCCUAGAGGGUAUUAUGAUUAAAACUGAAACAAAUGAACAUCAAAAUGUACAUCACAUAACAGAUUCAACAAUAUCACAAAGACAUCACACAAAUACAUCCACAUCAUCAUUAGAUCAGGAUAAUAGAAAUUCUACUGGAUCGAUCAAUAUUAGUCAUUCGGUUGCCUUAGAAGAUUUAAAUGGUAACAAUAUUGAAAGUGGUACAGGUAGUAGUAAUAUAAGAACUGAUAAUAGUGAAAUAGUAAAUAAAGACAGUAGAAGUAUUAUUCCAAGUGAUGAUCUUAUUCUUAAAAGUAAGCUAGGUCUUAUAAAAUCUGAAACAGAUGAAAAUUUAUAGAGAAAACUAACGUAUAGGCAUACAAAUUUAGUUCUUGUUGGCGGUUAAUUUAAUUCUAAUUAUAUGAAAAUAUUUAUGAUGGUUAUUUUAUUUUAUGUUUUUAUUUUAAUAUACAUAUAUUUAAUAGUUGAAAGUAACAAAAGAAAUAUUAAAUGAAAACUUUUCGCAAAUUAAUAAAAACAAAUUUUUUGAUCUGACUUACAUUUUGGAAUAAAGAAUAAAUAUUAAAAUAAUUUAGAAGUUGCAAUAUUAUCCAAUUGUUAUUUAUUUUUAAUUAAACCCAAAUUAUCAAUUAAUAUAAAAUUAAAAAAAUAUUUAUACCUACAAAACUUGUAAAAUUAUCACCAUUUCAUUUUGUAUUUUUCUAAAGAUAAUUUAUAAAACUUCAUAAUAUGAUGAUAAUUAAAUUUAAUAUUGGUAUUAUUAUAUAGGUAA